AUGGAAGGAAAAUGCUAUCAUUGCAAGCAAGUUAGACAUUAUAGAAAUAAAUGUCCAGAACUUUAUCCAGACCAGUCCGUAGCAGCACCGCAACGAGGUAGAAGUAAAAAGGGUAGCAUACCAGAAACGUCUGAGAUUGCAUCUAAUCGGGAAGACAAGACUACUGCCAUAAUUUAUCAUAUAAAGACUGAUGAUGAUCAAGAUGCUCAUGAGAUUAUAGCAGGUACCUUUUACCUUUUUGAUGAACAUGUUGUUGUGUUGAUUGAUUAUGGUUCUACUUAUUCUUAUAUUAGUACAAACCUGGUUAGAGAGAAGGGAAUCCCUUUAGAACCUAUUUCUAGUGAUAUGGUGGCAAUUAAUCCUUUGGGUCAUAGUGCGAGGAUUAGUCGGAUAUAUAAAUAUUGUUCGAUAAAGAUACAUGGAGGGGAAUUUCCUGUAAAUCUGUUAGAAUUACCUUUCGAGGAAUUUGGAAUAAUUUUAGGCAUGAAUUGGUUAUCUUCCUAUUAUGGUUGGGUAGAUUGUUGUUUGAAGAGAUUGUUCUUAAAGGAUACAAAGGGGUGCAAAGCAAUUUUAGCAAAUGUGGUGGAUACAAGAGCUGCUGAAGUUAAGUUGGAAGACAUACCAACAGUUCGAGAAUAUUCAGAGGUGUUUCCAGAUGAGUUACCUGUUUACCUCCAGAUAGAGAGGUGGAGUUUGGAUUAUGAUGUGGUUAUUGACUACCAUCCUGGGAAGGGUAAUGUUGUAGCUGAUGCACUUAGCCGAAAGACUUUUACAGCUUUGCCAACUUUAGAUGCUCGCUUAUCUUUAAAGGAAAAUGGCGCAAUGCUGGCUGAAUUAAGGAUAAAGCUGAUGCUUAUAGAUCAGAUAAGAGAGAUAUAG